AGAACAUCCGGAAAGUUACGCGUACUUCUAAGGUUUCUAACCAAAAUAAGAUUAAUUAUAGUGCUUUAUAAAGAAAACUAAAUACUUGAAACCCCACGUUUUGUUUGWACUCAUCUAGUUCCGGUUCGUUUGGUUCGAACGAUAAAAUCAAUCUGAAGCACAGAAGAAGAGUGAUCAUGGCAGUGGACUGGAUUGGGUUCGGUUAUGCUCUUCUUGUGUCAGCUGGAGGAAUAAUAGGUUAUGUCAAAGCAGGCAGCGUCACGUCUCUGGUGGCAGGACUCCUGUUCGGUCUGUCGGCUGCAGCCGGAGCUUAUCUGGCAUCUCAGAAUCCCAGUAAGGUGUGGCUUUCUUUGGGCACAGCAGGAACUCUGGCUGUAGUGAUGGGACUGAGGUUUCUCAGCUCCUGGAAGUUCAUCCCAGCUGGUUYAAUGACUUUAGCCAGUGGGCUGAUGGUGGUGAAGCUCAUCAGUGGAAUAUUAAGAUCCAGACCACACAAGUCCUGAACAAACUCACAGAUCUGUUCUUUCUGUUUGCACAUCAUCUGAAAUAUUUCCAGCUUAUUGUGUUGAAAUACUUUAAAUCGUAGAGAUGGUUUACAAAGUGAGCCAUUUCAGGCUUUUAAAGACCAACUUUACGUUUAAACUCUGAAAGAUGUUUCUGCUGUGAAACAAUGUGUUUUGUCAAAAUCCCAUUGAUCUCCUUUUUUCACUUCUUUUUGCUAGUUUUGUCUAAGUUGUGCAACAUAUGAACCUUUCAUCACGUUCAAAAUUACCUCAUCUUUUCUCAACAAUAAAGCAAUUUCUACGUUUAAA